UCAAAUAUUUGAACUUUUCGUUGCUCCGGUGAAAAACAAUAGCCCCUCAAAUUCCAAACUCCCUCCCUUCUUCUUCGUUCAUUUGAAAAAAAAAUAAAAACGAUCAAACAAUUGAAAAUAUCUAGCAUAAUUUCCGUCGGAAAUUCAUUGAUCGCGUUUUCCCGCUUUCCCUUCUCCAAUUUAAUUUGACAGCAAGAUGUGUGACAGCAAGCCCUUCAUUAAAUGCCCACCGAAGCUGGAUUUCAAAGGUACUACAUCGGUGUACUCGCUGGGACAAAUUAAAAAAAAUUAUGGGAUUACCCCACUGUUGGCUAUUCAAUUGGGUGCACUGGGUGGAUUGUUAUUCAUGAUUUACCAUAGAACAUUUGUUACGACUAUCGACGUACAACUGGGCUAUCAGCGUUGGGAGAUGGAGUCGAAGCCGAAAUUCAUGGACUUGAGAAAUCCUCGUUCGCUCAAGCUUAUCAAGGACAAUCUUGAACCGACUAUUGCACUGGACAAUCGUUAUCGACUUAUGCGAAAUGAGCCGAUGUACGAUGCCAAUGGACAGGAGACCAACGAGAUUGGAACUGAUGAACCUGAACUCACUAAGGAAGAGGUUCAAAAAAAAUAUAGCCAGCGGAGAAAUCUAUAGAUUCAGGAGAAUAAAAACCUUCAAAUAAAAUAAUUAUUUUACGAGUAGAGAAAGCUGAAGUCUAACGGGAUAUAUAAAAUAGAGGCUUAUGGGUUAUUCGUGCUUGACAGAAAAAUCUCAACUGAUUUUGACAAAUGGUGAAUCGUUGACUUUGAACUAAAAUUAUUGGUACAGAUUCCGUUCCUUACGAUAAAAAAUAUAUCAGAUGUAAAGGCAAUUUACCGCAGGAAAUAGGACUUUAUGCCGUGAUGAAGGAUAAUGUCAUUUUGCAAAAAUCUCAUUUUCCCUAAUUUAAAUUGGGCCACUCCAACCCCUAUAUUCUACAACCGCUCUAAAAUACCGAUUUUCAAAAUAAGACAUUUUUCUCGGGGCUCUGUCGUACCUCAACUCUCUCCGUCAUUAUCAAUAUGACAAUUAACAUUGAAUGAAGUAUCUUCUCCACGAAUUCAUGAGUUUUUCACAUGCUCCGUGAAGUGUCUAAAGAUUCGGCAUUGAUCUCGCAAACAGAGAGCCCCUUGUUUUCCCUCUCCGACUGGGAUUCAUCUCUGCACGUCUGUAACUCGUGAGCCUUUGAAGCUCAUCAGUGCAGAAGAUAAGCCAGCGCAGUCAAACUGACUCGAGUAUACAUGUAACACGACGUUGAUUCCAACAAAACUUGCAUGAUCUUUCAAUUUUAAUUAGUCCCAGAUUUCCAGGCAAAUGGAAUUUGUCCACCUAUUUACAAAUACUAAAACUAGAAAUUUUCUAUACCGCACUUUAGUCUCAAGAUGUAUGAGUUCAACAGUUGGUUACAUGUGACCUAUUUCCCAAGUGUGUAGUGGAAUGAACAUUAACAUACACAGGCAAAAUACAUCACUAUGUUGUUUUGAAAAGCCCAAGAUCUGUCGGUGCUGUCGUGAAAAGAGCCCAAGACCCUGCUAGCGACACCUGUUAAGGAUGUCUUCUGUAAUCGAAUACUCUUAUCUCCGGCACAAAAUUCAAGACACGAAGCACCGACGACAGCUCAUCCUCCAUCUGCAAUGAUUCUCAAUUUCAUUGGAGUGUGCCUGUCCCUGAAUAAAAUAAUCCAACUCAAUACGUGAAUACAAUUUAUCCGAAAAUACUGACGAUUCCAAUUAAAUUUAAUGAUUAUCCAUUGUUGCAUUAUCCAUUGAGUUUCGAUUUGAAGUAUUCCAGAGGGUUAGUACGGCCCUUACCCGUUUUUCAUUCAUUUAAUGAGGAUUUCAGCUGAUAAUUGGUAUUCCAUAUCUGAUUUAUCAAAGGAUUACGAACUGUUUAUUUGGUUAGCAGUCUCGAAAUUUCAACUGCAGAUGAUUUUCCAAUAGGUUUUAACGACCAUUACAGCUAUUUAAAGGCCCCAGUAUUAUGAGAUAAUUAUAAAAUUAAGUAAUUGUGGAGUAACCGUCCUUCCAAUUUCCAUAUUGUUGAAUUUCCACUCGAGCUUUAAUUAGCAAUAUCUGAAGAAUUCUCAUCCGUUAUCGUUUGUAAUUGAUUCAAUGAGACUGUCCACUAACGAUUAGUUUUAAAUAUUCAAUUAGUCAAAGUCUGUUAUUCAACUUCUUUGCUUUGCUAUCGUGAAAUCUCAACUUAAGACGACUUCUCAAUAAGUGAAGAUCAUCACUGAAGUUAUUCAAACCCCCAGGCUCAUGUGCUGAUUGUAAAAUUAAAGGAAUGUGAAAUUAAAUGUUAAAAAUGAGGGGACCAGAUGUCAAGCGACAUUCUCAUUUCCAGAUUGGUUCCUAUCUAAUUGAGCUGCAAGUAAAAAUAUCCAGCUCAUUCCCCUCCUUUUUUCUUUUAAAUUUAUUCAUUCAUCAAGAGCUUCUGUGCAGACGAUUUGGUUUCCUAUCUAAAAAUUCAAACUGUCAACUAAUUCUCCAUGAAUGGACGAUUAUUGAAGCUAUUUAAACUCUUCCGAAUUACGACGACGAUAAAAUUGAACGAUUGUAAAAGACCAAAAACGACUGUCGCAGGUGUCAAAUAUUUUCAUUUCCCCAUAACUACGAUUCGAACUCAUAUUUAAUGAUAAAUAUCCAGGUGAAUCACUGUCCUUCACCAUUUUCAACUCAUUCACCCAGAAUAUCCCCAGGUAACUAGUUCUACGUAUCUAAUUAAGGAAGGACUUAUGUGCAGUUUAUUUAGUCUGCCAUCUCAAACCUCCAAUUGCAGAAAUGACUUCUGAAUGACUCUGAAUGACCAUUGAAGCUAUUUAAAUCCCCCAGAGUCACGAGAUACUCGUAAAAUCGACAGAUUGUGGAGUAAGGAGCCAAAAGGGAGUGUACCAGGUGUCAAACGUGGUUCUGGAAGCGAAUCCAGAGAAGCAGCUGCCACUUGAAUACCAUGCACAGGCUGUAUGUGUAGUCUGCUUCACCAUGGAAGAGGGGAAAUGAAGGGGGGGGGGGACCAGGAGGGAAAAGAGGGGAGGUGAGUUUGAGGGUGUAGGAAGGUGGAGAACCAGAAGGGACGACAGUACAAACUACCACCCAACCGGCUGAGAGUAACAAAGACUUGCAUUGAACCUUGAACAAUGACUAGGAGAGAGAUACUAAACCAGUGGUUCUCGAUAUCGAGCAUUUUUACCAUUGACAACCACCGACAGUCACUGCAGUACUACGUAAAUACACCAUCGACAUUACUAACACAUAAAUGGCACAACUGUGAUUGUGCAUUUGUUAUGUUAACUCGGGAAUGUACAUUGUGAUGGUAAAUAUUUCCCUGUAACUUAAAUGAAGAAACUCGGAAAAAUAUCAUUUAUUAACUUAAUUCUAAAAAGUCUUUCGAGUUUAGAAAGUCGAGGUUAAGAAUUAAUCCUCGUUUCUUAUUCCGAAUACACCUCAUUUUUCGCCUUUCUACGGCAAAUAUUAUACCACGUAUUUACCCAUUUCUCGGCUUUUCACUGGAUAUUUUCAUUUUUAUUCAACUCGUUGCGCAGAAGGAGAUAGUUAUUUCUUCAGGGUAUCAGAUUCUCCGUUGAAAAAUAUUUGCUAUUUUCAUGAGUCCGAGAUAAGUGUGUGCACUACGUCUUCUUUAUUGAAUAGUAAUUGAUGGACAUCAUUUUUAAUAUCUACCCACUCAUUUGUUCAUUAAAAAUAAGUUAAUUAUCGAUUUUAUCAUUUUGAGUUUGUAGAAAAAAUACGAUUUAUGACCUUUCAAUAUUUUUACGAUGACAAAUUCUCGUGUGAGCUUUAUGGCACCUCUGAAUUUACGACUUCUCAAGACGAACUAUCAAUCAAAUCUUUUGUCAACCCUCUAUUAAAAAUAGUUAACGUUUUCAUCGGUAGCAAUAUAUUUUAUCAGGCCUAUGGUGACCUUUGAAGGCCAGGCAUAUGUUACACAGGAAUAUUCCCAGUAAAUCUCCGCUGACGCAUAAAAAUACUCCUGAACAUUUUUUAAUAAUCCACGUCAAGAAUAUUUAUACUAUUAACACAUGUGAUAUUUAAAAUGCCUAAGGAUUAAGUCCAUUUAUGACCUCAAAUAAAUUCGGAAUAUUCACAAGUCCAGCACAUGCUGGAUAAAAUUAUUUACCGACCAAAUAUCUUUAGCCUAUUUUAUCACACAAAUGUACAACUCUUGCUGCUGUUAUUUCCCAAUGUACAUUAACAAUAUUCUCCCGGUUGUACUGUCUGUCAGAAGAAUGUUCAAUGUAAAUGGGGGAGUGGUGUUGCCUAUUUCGGAAUAAUUAUUCGGUGGAAGGAAUCUCAGAGCUGUCUGAACUGGAUUAAUCCAAAGACAGGGAACAGCCUGAGCUGACAAACAAGUCUACUAUAAACACGAUUUAGUUUGUAUUUCUUUGUUGUUGUCUCUUGAUA